AUGGCAGCAGCUUAUGAAAUUCUCAACGACCCACAAAAGCGGGCAACAUACGACGCUCAUGGGAUAGAUGGACUCCCCGGAGGUGGUGGUGGGGGUCCCGGCAUGGAUGAAUUCUUCGCCCAGUUCUUCGGCGGUGGUGGUGGCGGCCCUACGUUCGGAUUCGACUUCGGACCGGAUGUGCAUGGCGGACGGAGACGCGGGAAGGGCGAGGACUCCAUCAUACCAUAUGACGUGACUCUAGAAGACCUCUACAACGGAAAGUCCGUAAAAAUGAACAUGGAAAAGGAAGUUCUCUGCUCACAAUGCAAAGGGAGUGGAGCAAGAGGCAACGCGAAGCCUAAACCUUGUUCGACGUGCGAUGGAAAGGGCUGGACUCCUACAAAGCUGCGUCUGCCAAACGGGGCGUACGGUGCUUCAAGGGCCCAAUGUACGGAUUGCAAAGGUGCCGGCGAGAAGCUCAAGGAGAAAGAAAGGUGCAAGAAGUGCAAAGGCGAAAAGCUUGUCAAGGAAAAGACCCGACAGGAAAUUUUCAUCGAGAAGGGCAUGUCAGAUCGUCAACGGAUCGUACUUGCUGGUGCUGGAGAUCAGCAGCCUGGUAUCCCUGCAGGCGAUGUGGUCUUCAUCCUAAAAGCCGCCGUACAUGAUUCAUUCGAACGGUCUGGAAAUGACCUGCUGACUCACGUUACGAUUACUCUGUCCGAGGCUUUGCUAGGAUUCUCGCGCAUCAUCCUGACACACCUCGAUGGUCGAGGAGUUAAGCUUUCGAGUCCGCCUGGAAAGAUCAUAAAACCGCAAGAUAGCAUCGUCUUACGAGGCGAAGGCAUGCCGAUUCAUAAAAGGGCAGAUGAAAAGGGAGACCUUUAUGUCAUCUUUGACAUAGAGAUGCCAACAGAGGAGUGGAUGAAGUCGAUAGAUCUCAAGGCACUAGCGGCGGUUCUUCCUCCCAAGCGUGUGGACGUCGACCCGCAACCCGAGGUUGUGGACGUAGCAGAGUACGAAGAGAGCGACAUUGUCGAUUUUGGCGAGGACGAUGAAGACGGCUGGGAAGACGAAGACGACGAUGAUGAGCUCGGCUCUGAACCAGAGUGCCGGCCGCAGUAA